AUGUUUGAAAGGUUCAUUAAGAUUUCAAAACAAAAAAGGUCAUCCAAAAUAUUACAAAUUAUCGCCAGUCAUAAUAAAAGUGCUCAUGUUAAGUCGGAUAUGAUUUUAAAAGUUAACAGCUUCACAUGGAUGGUUAAUUCACAAACUGAUCCUAAAACAAAAUAUACUAUCGAAAAAAAUAAUUUACCUUGCAGCGACUGUGUUUUACGUUGUGAAUAUUGUGAAAUUUGUGUUCACAUGUUUAAAUGUUCGUGUAUGGACAAUAUUAUAUACUUAAAUAUUUGUAAGCACAUCCAUGCGAUCGCCAAAUUAGAUGUUUUAAUAGUUCAAUCAUUAUCUAAUGUAAAUACGUCUAAUACAGAUGAAAUUGAUAAACUGAGAAGAGAAAUUUUAAAUAAUAGAGAGACAAAUAGUAUAGAUUUACACAAGGAAAUAAAUAAUAAAAUGGAAUCAAUGUUAGGCCUUAGGCAUUUACAGCGGAGCAACAUUAGGUAUAGAAAGCCAACAUAA